UUAAGAACAGGUGGGUGAUGGGUGUUUUAAACAGAGUAGCCAGGGACUUGCCUCAGUGAGCAGGUGGUGAAUGGGCAAAGACUUGCAAGAAAAAAGUGAGUGAAGCUUGUAAAUAUCAAGAGCAAACACAUUCCUGGCAGACAGCAGAGCCUGCACAAAAAGCCUGAUUAGGAUCAUGCCUAGUAUGUUCUGAAACAGCAAGGAGAUUGAUGUAGUAAAAUGUGAAAUAAGGUCAGAAGUAGGGAGAGAGGGGAAAGGCGGAUCUUGUGGGCCUCUGUGGGUUGCUAUAAGAAUUUAGUGGGUUAGGGCCAGGGAUUUAGCUCAGUGGUUUUGCCGCCUGCUGCGCAAGCACAAGGACCCAAGUUCAAUCCCCGGUACCAAAAAAAAAGAAUUUAGUGGGUUAUUUAUUUCCUCCAGUCCAAUAUACAGAUGGUCAAGAAAAAUGAGAUGUAAGAGAAGGGGAAAGAUCAGAUAAUCCAGCCAAAGCAGGGAUAAAAAUGCUAAGAACAAUGUCCUUUAGAAGGCAGAAAGAGGUUGGAAGAAUGAUCAGUCAGGGUAGAAAGAGAGGCUUCUUUUGGAGAAAAUGUGCUAGACCCUGCUCAGCAGUGCUAAUUAUGUCCAUCUCAUAGCAACUUUACAUACGGUGACUUGAUUUUGAAAGCUUGAAACUGGCCAUGGUGGAACUAUUUACGUCAUGAACAAAUGCUACAAAUCUAGGUGCUGAGCUGGUUUAACUGCAUGCUGAUGAUUCUUCUGUCUACAGAGGAGGAUAAGGAGGAGGAGAAAUUGGUUCAGACACAUACUGUACUGCAGGGAGAUAAAGAAGAUGAAGGCAAGCUAUAACGAACUGCUUUUGUGUGAAUUAACAAAAAUGGUUAGCCCAGUGAGCUGGAGAAAAAAAUGGCAUGGGUCUAAAAUAACUUCUGCAGGUGGAGACUGAGGCUGGCCUUGCAUGAGAAAAUAAAUAAGGCAACAGCCAUGCAAAUGUGAAGAGUCAAGUUCAAGUAGACCAUAAAUUUCUCCUUCUUUUUCAUUUGUUUGGAAGCCUGGGAACUACAUAGCCUCCCAGACAGAAGCCUUUUGAAGACAAAACAACUUGAGAGAGUAUUUCUCUAAAUGCUGCCAGUAAGUGCUUGGCUGCCUGGAUGCUCCUGAGAGAAUCUGGUUUUUCCUUGGCAGUCAGCUGCUCAGCUGCAAGCCCUUUCUUGUUCUCUCAGCUAAGUGGAAACCCUGAAAGACCUGUGGUUUUGGAAACAAGUUGGAAUUCUUUCAAAUGUGUAUCCUAGGAUACUUAAGAACUUAGAUUUAACUUCAUAGGGUGGUUUUCCAUAAAAAGCUCACAUGCUCAGAAGGUUAAAUUUCAGGACAGUCCUCUGGAUCCAACAUAAAGGCGGAGUGUAAAACGAAAACAAAAGCAGCCUGAGUUAGAAGAGUCAUUUGAUUUUCCUCUGCACUCACGACUGCUCCUCUCUGCCCACCGAAAACAGAUUGGAGCCAUGGCUUUGGAGCAGAACCAGUCAACAGAUUACUAUUACGAGGAAAAUGAAAUGAACAGCACUCAUGACUACAGUCAGUAUGAAGUGAUCUGCAUAAAAGAAGAGGUCAGAAAUUUUGCAAAAGUUUUCCUCCCUGCCUUCUUUGCGGUAGCUUUCAUCAUUGGACUUGCAGGCAACUCCGUAGUUGUGGCAAUUUAUGCCUAUUACAAGAAACAGAGAACCAAGACAGAUGUGUACAUCCUGAAUUUGGGUGUGGCUGAUUUACUCCUUCUGUUCACUCUGCCUUUCUGGGCAGUUAAUGCUGCUCAUGGGUGGGUCUUAGGGGAAAUGAUGUGCAAAGUAACUUCAGCCCUAUACACAGUAAACUUUGUCUCAGGAAUGCAGUUUCUGGCUUGUAUCAGCAUAGACAGAUACUGGGCUGUAACUAAAGCCCCCAGCCAAUCAGGAGUGGGAAAACCUUGCUGGAUCAUUUGUUUCUGUGUCUGGAUGGCUGCCAUUUUGCUGAGUAUACCCCAGCUGGUUUUUUACACAGUAAAUGACAAUAGCAGGUGCAUUCCUAUCUUUCCCCACCACCUAGGAACAUCAAUGAAAGCAUCCAUUCAAAUGCUGGAAAUCUGCAUUGGAUUUGUGGUUCCUUUUCUUUUUAUGGGGGUGUGCUACUUUAUUACAGCAAGGACACUCCUGAAGAUGCCUAAUAUUAAAAAAUCUCAACCCCUCAAAGUUCUGCUCACAGUGGUUAUAGUUUUUAUUGUUACUCAGCUGCCUUAUAACAUUGUCAAGUUCUGCCGGGCCAUAGACAUCAUCUACUCCCUGAUCACUGACUGUGACAUGAGCAAACGCAUGGAUGUUGCCAUCCAAAUCACAGAGAGCAUUGCACUCUUUCAUAGCUGCCUCAACCCAGUCCUAUAUGUUUUCAUGGGAGCCUCUUUUAAAAACUAUAUUAUGAAAGUGGCCAAGAAAUAUGGAUCCUGGAGAAGACAGAGACAAAAUGUGGAGGAGAUUCCUUUUGAUUCAGAGGGUCCUACAGAGCCAACAAGUUCUUUUACCAUUUAAAUGUAAAACUGCUCUGUCUUUUGCUUGGAUGAUGCUUCUUCUUCAGAUAAAACAUUUACAUUAUUGUGAAACUCAGAUAUCAAACACUAUUUGUGUAAUUUAUCACAAAGAAGAAGCUGAGGGGAGGGAGAGGACAGAAGUCAGGAAGAGGGAACAUAAAAGAAAAAAAAAAGAGGGAACAAUACAUGUAUAAAACAUGAAAAUUAAAAUAACAAUAUAGGAAAGUAUUAGUAAUAGGCAUAAAUAAAAGCACUAUGCUAUGAAGAGGAAGACCUCUGUGGGUGAAGGAAUAGUUUUGUACCCUGAUUACAGUAAUGGUUACACAAAUUUACAUGUGUGAUAUAAUGCUACAGAAUUCUCCAAUCAUUGUACCAAUUUUCAACUUCCUGGUUUUAAUACUAUGCCUUAAUUAUGUCAGAUAAACCAUCAGGCUCAUCAAUGGAUGAAAGAUACCUGGGAUUGUUCUGUAUUAUCUUCAUAACUACCUGUGAUUUAUAAUAAUUUCAAAACAAAGUAAUUUUUUAAAAAAGGCUAUAGGUUAGGCAAUCUAAAACCUAUUCAUAAAGGGGCUUAAGAGGCAUUUAUAAUCAUUUUUAAUUUUCUAAAUUGUAAAUAAACAUUUCUCUGCAUAAUUUUUGUACUUGGAUAAUUGUACAGCAAAAGUUAAUCUUUUUUGUUUCUUAAUUUGUAAGUAAUUUUAUAAAAUUACAGAAGGAAUGACAACCACAACCCAAAAAGCAAAACACCAUAAGGUUUUUUUGGUCCUUUCAUACAUUUUUGGUAAGUUCCUAAACACAUAGGUUGUUUAUGAUGUCAAAUUUCUUUUGUAAUAACUGGUUAUCUUAAUAAAUAUAAGGUUUCUGAUAUACACUCUAGGAGCAAUUAUCAGAUAAUUAUAAGUAUAUGAGUUCCAGGUUUUUUUUUAAUCUCCCAAAGUUAUAAAAUAUGAAAGUCUAUUGGUGAGAGUUGGCCAACAAAUGCUAUCUUAUGUAUAAAGUUUCUUAUUUUUCAUUUAAACAUUUUUAACCAGUGAAAAUAUGUACCACAAAUUAUUAUUAGUGUUAUUAUUAUUAGUGCCAAGGCCUUGUGCAUGCUAAGCUGAGCUACCCCCUACAUCCCACAGUCAUGUAGUUUUAAUAAUGUGUUGUGCUUAUCUUUUAAAAAUUAUUUUUCCUCUAUUUCUAAAUCUGAACAUGCUUUCAAAGGCAGAAUUUAAAGAAUUAUGAUCAUGAAACUAAUGAUUAUGAAUCACAGCAUUAUUCUGCUGAGGAUCAAUCUGUUGAAUAAAAAAUUAAUGUUGAACACUUA